AUGGCCAGCCCAUCAACAGACCGUCUCCACCUUAUUGAAUACUUGCAAGACCCUGGAAAUCCAGAUGGAGAGUCCAGGGAACGGCUAAUAGAGGCUUGCCAAGAUGUCAUUGCAUCUCUAGAGAGACCUAUCGAGACAGCACGUAAACAAGCCUUCCUGACACUUGAUCACGCAGUCAUCCGUUCCGCUAUCAAGCUCAAUCUGUUCAAGGCUCUUGACAAAGAAGACCGCCCUUAUAGCACCCAAGAACUGGCACUUGCUACAACCCCACAGUGCAACCAUGUUUUGCUUUCAAGGCUGCUUCGUUACCUGGCUACCAGGCCACUGAGGCUUGUAAUAGAGACAAGUGCUGGAUUCUGGCAAAGAACAGCACGGGGAAGCGUAUUUGCUCAGGACAGCUUCAAAUCUGGUUGUUCUAUGUACUUUGAUGCAUGUGGACCAGCAUUUCAAGCGUUGCCAACAUGGAUUUGUACUCCAGAUCAUGAGCGCCUCCAUUCCCCAUUCCAAGUAGCCUAUCCGGGUCAAGGUAGCUUCUUCAAGAGGCUCCAGGAGGAUGAUUCCAUGUUACAGACGUUCCAGUGUUGGAUGGAGACUGUCUCACGGCACCAGUUCUGCGCGCAAGAGACCAUCGACUUCAAUGAAUGGAUUCCAGAUGGAACUUCAGAUAGUGAUGUGGUCUUCGUCGAUGUUGGGGGAGGGACUGGUGAUCAAGCAAUAGCCCUGGGUUAUAAAAGAAUUGGACUUCCCGGCCGUAUCAUCAAUCAAGAUCUUUUGCCCAUCUCCCAGGAAGCCGAGGAGAUGCUGAGAUCGCAUAACAUUGAGCGUAUUACCUACAAUUUCUUCGACGAACAACCAUUGAAAGGAGCAUGUGUCUACCACUAUCGUCAAAUAUUUCAUGACUGGCCAGAUGCGGAUUGCGAGCGGAUUUUGAGGCGUGCCAAAGACUCGAUGACGGCAAGCUCGACGCUAUUAAUUGAUGAAGUUGUCCUUCCGGAGACAGGAGCGCAUUGGAUGAACGAUCACAAGUACAAUGGAGUAGCUUGCUACAGCACGUAG